GACAAUCGACUGAACCCGAAAUCUCCCGUCGCUCGCUCGCUCGCUCGCUGUUCCACUCCGAACAGCUUUGUGUCGGGACGACGCUCCGAGGUUCAGCCUCCACCGGGCUCCUGGACUCCCCGAUAUCCAGUACCACCUCUACGCUCCAUACCCGCUCGUGGGCAGUGUCCCGUGACCUGGUUCUUGCGCCCAGCACUUGCCGGGGCGCGAAGUCGUAGGAAUGCUCGAUCGAACGACGUUUGAGAGAGAGAGAGUGAGUGACAGUCGCUUUGUUGGAGUGGUAGCUUCGAUUUGAGCAGCCCGCAGGAGCACACGAUGCUGGCGCCGAAGAGACCUCUGGGAGAAGAGACGGAUCUCGUGAUCGCUAAGCGUCCCCGGACCGACACAGAUGGUGCACUAGCCGAAAUCGGAAAUGGUCAGAAACAAUUUGGAGUGACUCGUGAUGGGGUCAAAAGAACGUCUAGUCUUGAUUCUCCCAUUAUGUUACUCACUGGCCACGGGGGCGCAGUGUUUAGUUUGAAGUUCAAUCCUCAAGGAACUGUGAUUGCGUCUGGUUCACACGAUAAGGAGAUUUUUCUAUGGAAUGUUCAAGGUGAUUGUGAUAAUUAUAUGGUUCUGAAGGGCCAUCGGAAUGCUGUCUUAGAUCUUCACUGGACCAAUGAUGGCUCGCAAAUUAUUUCCGCUAGUCCGGACAAGACAGUUCGUGCCUGGGAUGCUGAGACUGGGAAGCAGAUCAAGAAGAUGGCAGAGCACUUGUCCUUUGUCAACAGUUGCUGUCCUGCGAGGAGAGGACCACCUUUGAUAGUUAGCGGUUCUGACGACGGAACUGCAAAGCUUUGGGACAUGAGGCACCGGGGAUGCCUCCAGACGCUUCCGGAUAAAUACCAAAUUACAGCAGUGGGCUUUUCAGAUGCAACGGACAAGAUUUACACGGGAGGAUUAGACAACGAAAUCAAGGUUUGGGAUUUGAGAAAGAACGAGGUGUCUAUGAGGUUGCAGGGGCACACAGACACCAUAACAGGUAUGCAGCUUAGUCCAGACGGCUCUUAUCUACUGACAAACUCGAUGGACUGUACAUUGAGAAUAUGGGAUAUGCGACCUUAUGCCCCUCAAAAUCGAUGCGUGAAAACUUUUACGGGCCACCAGCACAACUUUGAGAAGAACCUGCUCAAGUGCAGUUGGUCACCUGACGGAAGCAAAGUGACUUCUGGAAGCUCUGACAGAAUGGUAUACGUUUGGGAUACAACGUCACGUCGGAUUCUAUACAAGCUCCCAGGUCACAGCGGAUCUGUGAACGAAUCAGUAUUUCACCCGAAGGAACCUAUCAUUGGAUCAUGCGGGAGCGAUAAGCAGAUAUAUUUAGGAGAAAUUGAUCCGUCGGUCACUUGAUUGAGCAAUUUUGUAGGCGACAAGGCGCAGUAGUCUCGAAAUUGCAAGUUCAGGUCGUGUAGUAGUGCCAAGGCUAAGUAUUUCAUGAACAGCUAGACAAAUUUGCACGCAUUCACCAUGUCCAUUAACCGUUUCCCAUUUUCUUUCCGCGCAAUCAAGUUUUUUGAAUCCUUGAGUGAUCACUACCAUAUUUACGU